UCCCUACCGCCGCCGUUGUCUUCGUCGAGGUCUGCACUCUUCUUCUUCUUCUUCACCUUACUAUGGCCGAAAUCGGUGGAGAUGAACAGAUCUAGAUCUGUUCGGAAAUGACCUGCAGAUCUGCAACCAUCGUCUAUCCUGCGGCUAGAGUUUGGCUACAAGUCCGACGGCUAGGGUUUCUGAGGCGGCGGAUUGGUGCGCGGCGGCUUGGCGGCAGAGAUUGGGAGGUUGAGCGGAUAAAUGGCGGGCUGUGCUGGUUGAAGGGCUAUGGGGCUGGUGGUGUUGGGAACCAAUUGUGCAGGGACUGAGGUGGUGGCUCGGGACUGUUGGGUUGCUGUUGGUGCCUGGUCGCCGGAAAAGAAGCCAGAAAAUUUCAUGGCGGCUGCGUCACUGUGGCGGCGUCACUAUGGCUACAGUGACACAGGCGGCGACUAUAGUGACACGGGCGGUGGCCGCAGUGACACGGGCGGUGGCCGCAGUGACACGGGCGGUGGCCGCAGUGACACGGGCGGUGGCCGCAGUGACACGGGCGGUGGCCGCAGUGACACGGGCGGUGGCCGCAGUGACACGGGCGGUGGCCGCAGUGACACGGGCGGUGGCCGCAGUGACACGGGCGGUGGCCGCAGUGACACGGGCGGUGGCCGCAGUGACAUGGGCGGUGGCCGCAGUGACAUGGGCGGUGGCCACAGUGACAUGGCGGUGGCGGUAAUGACAUUUGAUAGUGACAUUAUAACAGAAUAGUGACAUUAAAAUCUGGGAAUCACAUUAAUAUGACCUUUUUGAUCACUUUUUUGCCCCUUUUUAAAAGUGCUCACUUUUUUGGUAAUUGUUCAAAAUUUAGUAAUAUUCAAAUAAAAACCCCAAACUUUUAUAUAGAGUGAAAUAAGUAGAGAAUAGAAAUUAUUUACUUAAGAAAGAAAGGCGUAUGGUUUUUAAGAAAAUAAAAAAUUAACAAAGAUUAGUUGGACGGAGGAAGUACUUGGUACAUGUGUUUAAAAGUUAAAACUAGCGCUUGUGCGCGCAAAGCGAGUGAGAAUAUUUGCUCAAUGUUAAUCAUGCUCUUUUUAUAAGAGACUAUUAUAUGUUAGAUUGCUAUGAAUUUUUUAAAUAAUGUAUAAAAUUAUCUUAAACUUUUGAUUAGUUGUUUGAUCAAUUAUAUUCUCAAUUCACCAAAUAUUAAAGGAAAUUUUGCCUACAUUUUUUAAAGCUAUGUGAUUCAGAGAACUGGCUAUAUUGUUUUGGUUUAAUUAUGAAUUAAUUGAAGUGAUAAUAGGAUUUUAUAAUAAAUUGUGAGAACAAUGUUAUUGAACACACUAAACUAUGUGAAUAUUGAGCUAGUAUAUAUAAGUGUAGAAGUUGAGUGAGUGUAGAAAUAUAUAAAAACGAAUUAUCGGUGUUUUACAAGCAAGGAGAUAUCUUGUCUAGGAUUGAUCUAUUUCUUGUGGACUUAUAUGCAUACAUUUUUUGGGUAGUUUAUUUUAUGUGCUUUCAAAGGCGGUGCUAUUUUAUGUCCUAUUUUAUAAUCAUACCAUGAAGUUAUUACUAUUUCACAUUGGCUCUUCCCUUUUGUUAGUACCCAAUUUUGAUAGAUUUUGAUGAUGUCACUAUAAUAAACUCCUGUAUGAUUCAUGUGACCAUAUCAAGUUAAAAGAAGUACUAAAAAUAAUAGAAGAGUACAGUAUUCAAGUGACAAAUUACUAAUGUACAAUUUUUGUACCAAAUAAAGCUUUACUGGAAAUAUAAAAUGUAAUAAGGUAAAUUUGUUUACCUUAAAAAGGAUAUUUAAAAUCCAACCAGUAUAAAUUUAUUUGAUAUAAAGAUUAAACAGUCACUAUCAACAGUCCAUUGUGACAAAUCCAAAUGUACAACUUUUUGUGCCAAAUAAAUUGCACUGGAAAUAUAAAAUACAAUAAGGUAAUUUUCUUUUACCUUAAAGGAUAUUUAAAUCCUACCAGUACAAAUUUAUUUGAUACAAAAAGCCUAAAGUCACAAACUUACUAAGUUCUAAUUAGAACACGGUAUACACAAUACAAGGGAUAAACUAUACACUAUACGCAUAUAGUUGCAGGCAAAGUCAAAACCUAUUAAUAGAUGAAUAGUGCAUGGAAGGCCUAAGGUAUGGGUACGCAUACUGUAUCCUGAAGAUAAACUUGCAAGUAGCGCUGAGAAGAUAAAGGAAAUCUCCUUUAACCUGCUCCAAACACAAGAAGACGAAAGUACAAUACAUCCAACGUCAAAGAUUAAAUCCUCUCAACCAACGGAGGGGAUUAAUCAGCCGAAGAUGCCUAUAAAUACAGGCAUAAGCAUGAGUUCAAAACCAAGUUUUUGAGCCUUCUAAGUAGAGUAAAUAAUACCGAGCAUCCAAGAGAUAUCUAGCAAAAGAGAAAGUGCUCGAUUCAAACUUUGCUCUCUGCUUAGACUCAUGUUUCAAUAAACUUCCAAGUUAGAAUUCACAUAGCUACAUUCUGGAAGUUUAGUUCUUAGUUGGAG